GUUACGUAUCAAUUAUUUACAUUUAAAUUUUAUCUUUAUUAUAAAAAAAUAGAAAUUAAAAACGCAUGACAAGAUAAUUUAAUAUUUAGCAAGAUACCAGACAAUUUUAAAUAAAAUGUCUUCAGACGAAAUCACUCUGGAAAUCGAAGGUACUUCAGUAAAAUGUAAAAAAGACGAACUUGCAUCCAACAGUGAUUAUUUCAAAGCAAUGUUUGAGGGGAAUUUUGUAGAAAAAAACAAGAAUAUCGUUCAGUUAAAGGACGUCGAUUUAAAAGCUAUGAACAUUAUUUUAACUCUAAUAUGGGACGAAACGUAUUACAUAGAAGACGAAGACGUUCUAAUGGUUUUACAAACUGCUUGUAUGCUUCAAUUCACUAAAAUUCAGAAUAUAUGCGUGGAUAAAAUCGUUGAAAUCCUCACAGUAAGAAAUUGCUUAAAAGUAUGGAUUAUUACUGAGCAAUUGGACUUAAAAACUUUAUAUUUAAAAGCAAAAUCGAUGGCUUUGGCCGAAUUUAUGGUGAUCAAAGAAACUGACAGUAUAUUAGAACUUACUUUAAAACAAUUGUGUAAUUAUCUGGGAAAUAUCAAUUUAAAAACGGAUAAUGAGUUGAGUGUAUUUCAAACGGUGAUGCAUUGGUGGUAUGAAAACAGUAACGGUUCUAAGAAAGAAUUACUGAAACUACUCAGUUGCGUCGAUUAUAAAAGUUUGCUACCAGAUCAUUUCAAAGAAUUAUUAAUUUACCCUGGCAUAGCUGGUACAGAAUUUGAAAAAAUUCUUAAAUGUGUUUACACUAUUAUCAGUCGAAUAACUUCACAAAAUUUUUCAGAAGAAAUUAUAAAUAAAGCUAUGUUAUUGACUACAACUAAAAGUAGAGUGAAUUCUUGUUUUCCAUGUAUUUUAGUUAAGACACUAUCAAGCGAAAAUGACAGAAUGGGCAAAUUAUUUAGUAAAGAUGAGGAUGAUGACAGCAGUGAUGUUUCUUUAGAACCAAUACUACUGCCCGAUAAAUAUAAAAGAAGCAGAAUGUAUCAAACGUUACAUCCAAACAAAUACAAGGGUUGGUAUGUAGUAUUAUUAGACCACAGAUCGAAUAAAUUCGAAAUCUUUCUUCCUCUCAAGGAAAAACUGGAAGGUUUCAAAUUGAUGGGAUAUAAAGAAUACGUAUUCAUGUACGGCGGAGAGUAUACACUCGGUAGAGGCGAUUGGAACAAAGGUUUUUGGGCUUAUGAUACCGUAAAAGAAAGAUGGCAAAGAAAAGCUACCUUGCCUUUUCCUAGAAGACAUUUCGAAACUUGUAUGGUCGAUUCGAAAAUAUUUAUCGUUGGUGGAACAGGUCUCUACAGAAUAAACCAAGAAAACAUAUUUUGGUACGAUUUUAAAGAGGAUACGUGGAGCAACGAAAAAUCACUUCCGGUUUUCGACAGGCACAUGAAAUGUUGCAAUUUUAUGGAUAAAUUGUUUCUGUUCAGUAUCGCAAAUAGUUGCGGGUAUUUUUUCGAACAGGGCGUGCAAAAUUGGAUAUCGGUUCCAAUUAAAAUUGAAAAGAGCUUGUUGGAUGAUAGAUUAGGAUUUACUGUGUUUUCUUACAAGAAUAAAUUGUACAUAAAAGGCAGAAAGUUGGUAGAAUUAGUAAUGACCGACAACCAACUGCACGUCUCUUCAAUCACGGACGUGACGGACAAAGUUUAUUGCAAAAUCGAAACCGUGAUUUGUAACAACGUUGCGUUCACGUUGUACGGUUUGAUUGCGGUAUACAGCAAAAAUUCCGCGUCCAGCAGUUUGGACUGUCCGCCGGGAAAAUUUUCUCUGGAAACGUUCAAUUUGGACACCGGCGAUAUAGAUUUCGUGUUCGAGAAUUUAAAUUUUAUCGAUGCUGGACAAACGCGUUUUGUGAUCAAGGAGACUUUGAAUAUGUUCCAGUUUAAGCAUUAUUCCUUGAUGGAGGGCGACGAUUUGGUUAAUGAUUGUUUAUGAUAUUUGUAAACGAUUUUUAGUUAAUAUAUUUACGAUAUUUUUAA